AUGUCGGGGCUUGGCGACAAAGAAGGGGGCAACGGCGAAAAGGAGAAGGAGCCCUUCAGCCAGUACCAGCUCGACCUCUAUGCUUUCGCUAUCAUGGGCGGAAAGAAGCCCAUCACCACCACAGACCCUAACAAGCUGGAACAAAAAGCCCGGAAGGCCAUGAGCCCCGAGGGCUUCAACUAUGUCUUCGGCGGAGCAGGCGAGCAGGCGACCAUGCAAGCCAGCCGCCUAGCCUUCAGGCAGUGGAAGCUAAUUCCACGCCUCUUGCGGCCCACCCUCCCGCGCGACCUCCGUGUCAAGCUCUUUGGCAGGACCUAUGCCUACCACGCCGACGCCGAGACGGGCGUGGCCUCAGCAUGUGCGUCGCUGAGCGUGCCCUUUGUCUACAGUACGGCCAGCAGCACGGGGCUCGAAGCCGUGGCCGCGGCCGCGGCCGCGGACGCCGCCGCUCCAGCCACAGCUAAAGCUCCGCGGUGGUUCCAGCUCUACUGGCCGCUAGACGACGAUAUCACGGCCUCGCUGCUUGGGCGCGCGCGGGCGACCGGGUGCGAGGCCCUCGUGGUGACGCUCGACACGUUCACCAUGGCCUGGCGGCCCCUCGAUCUGGAUGCAGGGUUCCUGCCGUUCGCGGUGGGCGAGGGCAACGCGCUGGGGUUCGGCGACGCCGUCGAGGACAACGUCAUGGUGGCGAGCCGCUUCUGGACAGGCGAGGUCUUCUCGGGCCACGCGCACUGCUGGGAGGAUCUCGCAACGCUGCGGCGGCUGUGGGGCGACGGGCCCAUCAUUCUCAAGGGCGUGCUGAGCAUCGACGACGCGCUGGCGGUGCGCUCCGGCGUCGACGGCAUUAUCAUGAGCAACCACGGGGGCCGGCAGCUAGAUGGGGCCGUGCCGAGCCUCGAGAUGCUGCCCGAGAUCGUCGAGGCCGUGGGGGACAAGCUGACUGUCCUGUUCGACUCGGGGAUCCGCACCGGCGCCGAUGUCUUGAAGGCGCUGGCGCUGGGCGCAAAGGCCGUCUUUGUUGGCAGGCCCGUCAUCUACGGGCUGGGAAUAGCUGGACGCGAGGGCGCCAGACACGUGCUUACCGGACUUCUCGCCGACGUGGAUCAGUCUAUGGGCUUAGCUGGUGUGCAGACGGUAGGGGAGCUAAAUAGGAGUAUGCUAAGACGGAUCAACUACGGCGGCGACAUCAAGUCGUCGCUCUGA